AUGCGCGUCACUUCCAUCAUCGAAUACCUGCAAAAGCAGCAUGCUGUGGACCAAAUUAACAUCGCCGAAUGCCUCCUCACGCAUGGGGACACCAUCGACGCCAUCCUGGAAGAGUCUGGAUGUGAUGACUGCUUGUUGUCACCAACCAGUCCGAAGGAUGCGUUUUUUAUGACGUUAACGGUCCUAAAGCACUAUCAGACGUGGGAGAUGCAAGCAACGCACUUCAAGUUCAAGGCCCCCACGUUCCAAAAGCUCAUCACCUUGGUGAUCGCAGUCAUCGAAUCCAUCUUUUUCCGUCACUUCGUAAAGAUGCCAAGCAUGACUGACCUGCGCAACAAGGAUGCCGUCUUGCCAACUACCCCUCGCCACUACUUCAGUGGCAAGCACAAGUUGUACGGGUUGAAGGUCGAAGCGUCGGUGUCAACCGAGAUCCUCUGCGUGGACAUGAGUGCCCAUCUCCCAGGGUUGAUGAAAGACCUGACCAUGUUGAUGGACCGUUUCACCGUCCACCGCAUGAGCUUGGCCAAUGUGGAGACUGAGAUGGCCAUAAACGACGUCGGGGAAACCUUCGACGACCAAAUCGGCUACUCGACUGGCUUGGUCACCAAGGGCUACGUUGGCAUCAUGCAUCAUACUCGGAGAAUCCAUUCAAAGAAGAAGCCUACCGGUGGGGCGUUGGACACCGACGACGUCAACAGAAGCAAGCGCGUGUCCUCGGACAAAGUCGUGCUAUGGAAGGUGUCGUAUGCAACGUUUACCUGGAACCACAUCUUCGACGGGUUCCUGCGGUUGACCUUUACGCUGACCAAGCAUCAGGUAACCUUGAUGCCCCUUCGUUCAAACGACGGCGCCACGUACCGCUCAGUCCUGGCUUGUUACCAAGCCAUGUCCAAGACGUACAGUACAUCGACAGGCGCAAUGAAACUCAACGGCGCUUCCCGUCGCCAUCGUGCGGAACGAGUCCUCAAGGGGAGUGCGAUUCGACGCCGCAUGUCUUCGCUGAAUGAUUCACCAUACAUUCGCCGGCUUCCAUCGCAGAACAACUCUCCAUCCUUGCGUUAG